AUGGUGAGAGGAGGAACUUCCCAUCCUAAUCCGCUUGAAAAGCAGAGAGAAGGGGAAGGAAGAGAGGAGAAAGGAGAUGAGAUUGGACCGGGAGGGGAGUUGGGAGGAGGUCCAAUAUGGGAAUAUCCAUUUCCAGGGUUGAGGGGGGGUUUUGAGUCCAUAGAGGGUAAGAGAUUGGGAAAGGUGACAGUAAUUUGUCCCGAAUUAGGAGGAAGAAUGAAUGAGAGUGAGACAUUACCCAUUUUGACCAUUCGAGCAGACUAUAAGGGGGAAUGUCACGCAGCUGCGGAUCGAUGGUGCAUCCCAGACCAUGGACCGUGUACCAUGUUCAAAGAAUUGUCAAAAUGGCUCGAUUGGGAAACGUGA